ACGGUGUAGGCCGGGGCUGUGGGAGGGGUGAGCGCGCCGUGGGCGGGAAUCCGUUAUAAGGACAUCGCAGCUGCCCUUCUGGUUGAUUAAUUUACCAGUCUUCCCCAUCUCAAAAGCUCACCCUCUCCCCCUCCCCCCAGCCGGUGUGGAUAGUUGUUAACUCAUUCUCUCACCACCUCCUCCGGCUUCCAGACACAGCAGCCAUCACCAUGGCCGACGAAAAGGCAACCAUGUCCCAUCUCGAGGGCAUCACUUCGACCGACGACUACCACAAGGAGAAAGACCACACAAAUCUGAGCCGUGUGGACUCGGAAGUCGCCAAAUAUGCCAGCGGCGCUCGAGUCACCAUCACGCCAGAGGAGAACAAGCGUUUGAAGCGCUUGGUCGACAAGCGGGUGCUGUCGAUCAUGAUAUUCACCUACUUCCUCCAGGCCCUGGACAAGGGCACGUUGUCGUUUGCUUCCAUCAUGGGAAUCAGAGAAGACACGAACCUAGUGGCCCAGCAGUACUCGUGGUUGACGACCUGUAUCUACAUUGCAGUGUUGACGGUAGAAUACCCGACAAAUUGGAUCAUCCAACGGGUUCCGAUUGCAAAAUACCUUGCGAUCAACAUCAUCUGCUGGGGAACCAUAUUGGCCCUGCACGCAGCAUGCAAGAACUUCGCCGGCCUUGUCACCGUGCGGACGUUGCUGGGUAUCUUUGAAGCUUGUUGUCAGCCCAUCUUCAUCGUGCUGUCCAGCAUGUGGUACAAGCGUGACGAGCAGGCCCAGACCGUUGCAUACUGGUACAUGAUGAACGGUGGACAGCAGAUCGUUGGCGGUCUUCUGGCCUACGCUUUCACCAACAUCCCCGACAGUGCCAAAAUUCACUCAUGGCAAGCCCUCUUCAUCGCCUACGGAACCGGCUCGGUCCUCUGGGGUGUCUUCGUACUCUUCUACAUGCCCGACUCGCCUAUGCGCGCUAAGUGCUUCAGCGAGGAGGAUAAGAAGCUCAUGGUCGAGCGAGUGCGCGACAACCAGACCGGAAUCCAGAACAAGACGUUCCGCAAGGAGCAAGUGAUCGAGGCGCUCAAGGACCCGCAGACAUGGUGCUUCUCGCUCAUCCAGAUCCUGACCACGCUGCCCACCUCCGGUCUCGGCGCGUUCGCAAACAUCAUCAUCAAGAGUUUCGACUUUACCGUGCUGCAGACGCAGUUGCUCGCUAUGGUGUUGGGCGCCUACAUCAUCCUUGUCCUCAUGGGCUCGGCGUGGUUGGUCAAGAAAUACAAUCAGAAUCUAAUCAUCAUGUUCUGCUCCGUUCUCCCAUCCGUCGUCGGCACCAUCGUCCUGAUGACAGUGAAAAACACCAGCAAGGGCACCAGCAUCGGCCUGCUAAUCUCCUACUACAUCUGCCUCUCGUUCUGGGCAUGCGCCACCAUCGGUCUCGCCCUCGUCUCCCGCAACGUCGCCGGCCAAACCAAGAAGACUUGCGUCGUCGCGAUCAACUUCAUUUCGUGGGCGGUAGGCAAUGCCAUCGGGCCGCAGGUAUUCCUUGCGUGGGACGCCCCGCGCUACCUGAUCGCCUUCGCCACGCACAUGGGCUGCUACGCUCUGCUCCUGCUCACCCUCGUCUUCAUGCGGUAUUGGUACAAGCGUGAGAACGCCCGGAAGGAUGCGCUCAUCGCCCAGGGCGACGCGAAGAAGGAUGACGAGCUCACACACUCGUUCGAGGAUCUGACGGAUCGCGAGAAUGUUAACUUUAGGUAUGUAUUCUAAAGGCCUCGGAUGUGGAUUAUGAUAAGGCGGGCGGUUGUAUUCAUUUAUCGGGGGGACUCUGAUUUACAUACGUUUUUUUCUUUUUUUUUGGGCCGGCGACGCUGAAGGGGAGU